GAAGUGAAUUGUCCCGUGGAUAACAUUGAUAAGCAACAACGGGAGAAUUUCUUCUUCAAUUUCCUUCGGUAUUGGGCGUCACGCACUCGCACAGAGAUGGCUGUAGCAGUGAUUCAUAGCAUAUCGCGUGGCCUUCCCGGUAAGAUCCAGAGUCUCUCUCUCAGUAGCACUCCAACUGCCGCUAGCGCCGCCUUCAGGCCACUCAGCUUUUCCUCGACCACUUCCUUCAGCCUUUUUUCCAAAGGACUGGUCUUGGUAAGCCCGGUUCAAAUGCCACUCCGGCGAUCCAUUGUGUGUGAAGCUGCACCUAAGAAAAAGGCGGACUCUGCUGCGAAAAGGGCUCGACAAGCUGAGAAGAGGCGGGUUUAUAACAAGGCACGGAAAUCUGAGAUCAGAACUCGGAUGAAAAAGGUUCUAGAAGCGCUUGAUGUUCUUGGAAAGAAGCCUGAGGCUCAAGCUGAAGAAGUUCUUCCCAUUGAGAUGCUGAUUGCAGAGGCAUAUUCUGUCAUUGAUAAAGCUGUGAAAGUUGGAACUCUUCAUCGGAAUACAGGAGCAAGGACAAAGUCCCGACUUGCUAGAAGAAAGAAAGCCAUUGAGAUUCAACGCGGCUGGUUUACACCUGCAGCUUCAGCUCCUUCAGCAUAAUGUUCAUCGUUUAUGUGAUGUAUAUGUCUAGUGUAAUCAGUUCAUUAUUUUUUGCUAACUGAGAUUUUGAUCAUGAGAUGUUGCCAUGUUUCGUAAUAUAUCACUCACAACUUGGCUCAAAUUUUCUAUAAAUUAUCUUUCAACUUCCA